UUAGCAGAAAAAGCGAGCUAAGGCAAGUGAAGAAGAUUCGAGGGUAAUGGCUUCUGGAUCGAGCGAAGUGGAAGAGGAGGAGCAGGAGCGCAUGAUGCUGAGGGACAGGCCGGAGUGGGCUGACGUCACUCCGGUGCCGCAGGACGACGGUCCCUGCCCGGUGGUUCCGAUCAAUUACACGGAGGAGUUCGCCGAAGUAAUGGACUACUUCCGCGCCGUUUACCUUGCCGACGAGCGCUCACCACGCGCCCUUUCCCUCACCGCCGAAGCCAUCCACUUCAACGCCGGAAACUACACCGUGUGGCAUUUUCGGCGGUUGUUGCUGGAGUCGCUGAAGGUUGACUUGCAUGACGAACUGGAAUUCAUUGAGCGUAUAGCCGCCAAAAACUCCAAAAACUAUCAGAUAUGGAUCUCGCAUUGCUCCAAGAAUAUACAAGAAUUGAUGUUGAUGGCAGAUGUUUGUAGGCAUCAUAGACGAAGGGUUGCUGAGAAACUAGGGCCUGAUGCUAGAAACGCUGAACUUCAAUUCACCAAGAAGGUACUCUCUGUUGACGCCAAGCACUAUCACGCAUGGUCUCAUCGCCAGUGGGUUCUCCAGGCACUAGGAGGAUGGGAAGAUGAACUUGAUUAUUGUAGCCAACUUCUUGAACAAGACAUUUUCAACAACUCUGCCUGGAAUCAGAGAUAUUUUGUCAUAACAAGGUCUCCCUUCCUGGGUGGCCUUAAGGCCAUGAGAGAGUCUGAAGUGCUCUACACUAUCAAAGCCAUCGAAGCUUACCCUGAAAACGAGAGCUCAUGGAAAUAUCUUCGAGGACUUUACAAAGGUGAAACCACAUCAUGGGUAAACGAGCCUCAAGUUUCAUCAAUUUGUUUAAAGAUUUUGAGUUCCAAGAGUAACUAUUUGUUUGCUCUUAGCACUCUUUUGGAUCUUAUCUGUCAUGGUUAUCAACCAAAUCAAGACUUCAGAGAUGCCAUUGAGGCUUUGAAGAUUCCAGAUUUAGAUACACAAGAUCUAGAUAUAGCAAGCAUGAUUUGUUCGAUCCUGGAAAAGAUUGAUCCGAUUAGAGUUAACUAUUGGAUCUGGCGUAAGAGUAGGCUUCCUCAAGUAGCCUAGUGAAUAGAAAACAUGCAAGGAGAAGGGACAGCUUAUAUGCCUUCUGUGUAAUUUUCCCAUAAUCCGUAGAAAUUAGAUAUUUGGUCAUUGCUUCAAUGUGGUGUUUGUAUUUCUGUGUGCAUGACUGCAUUUUUUUCCAACAAAAUUACAGGCAUUCGAGUUCAAUCAAAGUAUUACCAGCA